CCGGCUUACUACGGCUGGCGAUGUGACGCGCCACGUUCGCCUUGUGGAAUAGCGGAGUAUCCAGCGCGUGCAGAAGCGGAGGAGAGCGGCUUUGCUUUUUUAAUUUAUUUUUUAUUUCUCCACGGAAAGGGAUGAAGCGACAGAGGAGGACGCCGUUGACCAUGACUGUGGAUUUUCUCACGUUUUUGUGCGCCAUCGCGGCUGUUUCAGGGAUGGAAGAGACAAUUUUGGACACUCGGACUGCCACAGCUGAACUCGGCUGGACAGCGUACCCUGCAUCAGGGUGGGAGGAGGUGAGCGGCUAUGAUGAGAACCUUAACACCAUUCGCACGUACCAAGUUUGCAAUGUGUUCGAGUCCAGCCAAAACAACUGGUUAGUGACCACGUUUGUUCGGCGUCGUGCUGCUCAGCGUGUAUAUGUGGAGAUGCGAUUCACAGUACGUGACUGCAGCAGCAUCCCACGUGUUCCCGGCUCAUGCAAAGAGACAUUCAACCUGUACUACUAUGAGAGUGACCAAGUGAUUGCCACCAAAGGGGCCACAUUCUGGACAGAGGCCCCCUACCUCAAAGUGGACACAAUUGCUGCCGAUGAGAGCUUCUCUCAGGUGGACUUUGGCGGACGCCUAAUGAAAGUCAACACAGAAGUGCGCAGCUUUGGGCCGCUCUCCAAAAAUGGCUUCUAUUUGGCUUUCCAGGACUACGGAGCAUGUAUGUCACUGCUGUCCGUGCGUGUCUUCUACAAGAAGUGCCCGAGUGUCGUGCAGAACUUUGCAGUCUUCCCUGAGACUACAACCGGUGCUGAGAGCACUUCGUUGGUGAUUGCUCGUGGUUCCUGCAUCCCAAAUUCAGAGGAGGCUGAUGUACCCAUCAAACUCUACUGCAACGGCGAUGGUGAAUGGAUGGUGCCCAUUGGUGGCUGCACCUGCAAGGCUGGUUUUGAGCCUGACAACGGCAAUAUCUGCAGAGCAUGUCCUCCCGGUACGUUUAAGUCCAUGCAGGGCACAGGACUGUGCCUGCAGUGUCCUCCCAACAGCAGGUCCACAUCUGAGGCCUCCACCAUUUGCGUGUGCAGAAAUGGCUACUACAGAGCAGAUGGAGACCUGCCAGACAUGCCCUGCACUAGUUCCACUCCUAUCAGCCAAGAACAGGAAUCUGAAGCUGACAAUCACUGGCACAGACUCACCAAAACUGGAGAGCUAAAGACUGGAAGAAGACCAGGUGUCCCUUCUAGCCCCCGGAACGUCAUGUCUGUUGUAAACGAGACGUCGGUAAUCCUGGAAUGGCAUUCGCCUAGGGAGACCGGAGGCCGUCAAGACGUCGUGUACAACAUCGUGUGUAAGAAGUGCACUGCAGAGCGGCGCGCAUGCUCACACUGCGAUGACAGCGUGGAGUUCACACCGAGACAGCUGGGCCUCACUGAUACUCGGGUGUUCAUCAGCAACCUGUGGGCACACACACUGUACACGUUCGAGAUCCAGGCAGUCAACGGGGUGACCAACAAAAGCCCGUAUCCGGCGCAGCACGUCUCUGUUGACAUCACCACCAAUCAGGCUGCUCCAUCCAUGAUUCCCAUAAUGCACCAGGUCAGCUCCACCAUGAGGAGUAUCACGCUGUCAUGGCCACAGCCAGAACAACCCAACGGCAUCAUACUGGACUAUGAGCUGCGUUAUUAUGAGAAGGAUCUAAUGGAGGUUAACUCAACAGUACUGAGGACUCAGACUAACACAGUUCGUGUGGACGGUCUCAGGCCCGGCACAGUGUAUGUGGUGCAGGCUCGAGCCAGAACAGUGGCUGGAUUCGGCAAAUACAGCAACAAGAUGUGCUUCCAAACUCUCACAGAUGAAGACUAUAAGUCUGAAUUGAGGGAGCAGUUGCCUCUUAUUGCUGGCUCAGCGGCAGCUGGUGUAGUCUUCAUUGUGUCUCUGGUGGCUAUUUCUAUAGUCUGCAGCAGAAAACGAGCUUACAGUAAGGAAGCAGUGUACAGUGACAAGCUUCAGCACUACAGUACAGGAAGGGAACUUUCUUUGAGGCCAGAUCUCUCUAACUGCCACUCCCCCAUGGGCUGCCCAACCUUGCCAGGCUCACCAGGGAUGAAGAUCUACAUUGAUCCGUUUACCUACGAGGACCCCAAUGAGGCUGUGCGUGAAUUUGCCAAGGAGAUCGACGUCUCCACUGUCAAAAUCGAGGAAGUCAUUGGAGCAGGUGAGUUUGGAGAGGUGUAUAAGGGGCGCCUGAAGUUGCCGGGGAAGCGAGAGAUCUAUGUGGCCAUCAAGACCCUUAAGGCAGGCUAUUCUGAGAAGCAGAGACGGGACUUCUUGUCUGAGGCGUCAAUCAUGGGUCAGUUCGAUCACCCCAACAUCAUCCGCUUAGAGGGCGUUGUCACCAAAAGUCGUCCAGUCAUGAUCGUCACCGAGUUCAUGGAGAACGGAGCACUGGACUCUUUUCUCAGGCAAAAUGAUGGCCAGUUCACGGUGAUCCAACUGGUGGGAAUGAUGCGAGGCAUCUCAGCGGGCAUGAAGUACCUGUCUGAGAUGAACUACGUUCACCGGGACCUGGCAGCUCGCAACAUCCUGGUCAACAGCAACCUGGUGUGUAAAGUGUCUGAUUUUGGCUUGUCACGCUACCUGCAAGAGGACACAUCUGACCCCACCUACACUAGCUCACUGGGAGGGAAGAUCCCAGUACGGUGGACAUCUCCGGAAGCUAUCGCAUACAGGAAGUUCACAUCUGCAAGUGAUGUGUGGAGCUAUGGAAUCGUCAUGUGGGAAGUGAUGUCAUUUGGCGAGCGGCCAUACUGGGACAUGUCCAAUCAAGACGUGAUUAAUGCUAUAGAACAAGACUACAGGCUUCCUGCACCAAUGGAUUGUCCCACUGCUCUGCACCAGCUCAUGUUGGACUGCUGGCAGAAAGACCGCAACGCUCGGCCACGUUUUACUGACAUUGUUAACACACUUGACAAACUCAUCCGCAACCCGACGAGUCUAAAGGCUGUUGCUAGCAUGCCGUCCAUUCCAUCUCAGCCACUGCUGGACCGGUCUCUCCCUGACUUCAACACCUUCAGCUCAGUAGAGGACUGGCUGUCUGCUAUUAAGAUGUCUCAGUAUAGAGACAAUUUUCUCAACUCUGGCUUCACUUCCCUGCAACUUGUCACCCAGAUUACUUCAGAAGACUUGUUGAGGAUAGGUGUGACUCUGGCCGGCCACCAGAAGAAGAUCCUGAGCAACGUGCAGACCAUGCAGAUGAACCAGUGUCAGUCUCCCACAGCACUGGCAUGACUACAGCAGGCGCCAGUCGACGGGCCAGGCAUCCUGCUCAGCUUGCAGGAGCGGGUGAGCACUGGCACAUCGGAGCGCGCCAGGGUUGAGACGAUCAUUCUGAUCUGAUAAAGAGACACACGUCCUGAUACACACUACAUUUGUGUAAAGAGAGAACAAAACAGGGAUACCUGUCUCUCUGUCAUCAAUCUGUCUCUGGCUGUACAUACAGGAUAUCCAUCCAGCUAUUAUUGUUCAAGCAAAAACGAUCCAUUUCUAAUAUCAAGAAAAAAGGGUACUUAUUUUUCCACCCCUUUCAAUUUGCUCACGAUUCACCCUGCUGAUUCUUUUCUUUUUCUAAAACUGUGAGUGCAACUGAGGAUCUACUACGAAGGGAAAAAAGCACCUCCUGAUGCACUUUUAUUGGUUGCUGUUAUAUAAUUAUUUUCUUUUCUGUUGAAACAAAAUACAGCUAUACCUCGUAGUCUUCUGCUUCCCAGCAUCACUACCUGACAGCCGGCUUUGCCAAAGGACAUCUUGAAAGGCCUGUGUGUAUAUCUUUAAAUAAAUAUGAAUAUAUCUCUGGAGUAAACCUUCAUAUUGAAGGUGCUUUCUAACAGAUACAUAUGUGCAUACUUUUCUCCUGCUUGUGUUUUGGGCACAGUGUGCAUUGUGGGGAUAAUACUGGACUCAUGGUAGACUCCCAAGAAAAGGAAUUUAAUGUAGUCAAGCUAGGGAAAUGAAAUGGAGCCCAAAACUAUUUGCUUCAAAGAUGUGUGGCUGUCUUGGAGCCAAACACUGUAGAAAUGUGAUUUUAAUUGUGUAUAAAUAACAUGUAGGGUAAAGCAAACAAAACCUUCAGGCUACCAAACUGGACAAUGUACUGUAUAUUGUGAAGGUUUCCAUGCUGAUGAACACUUAAAAUUUGUACAGUUCUUCUUCUUCUUCUUCUUCUUCUUCUUCUUCUUCUUCUUCUUCUUCUUCUUCUUCUUCUUCUCUUCUUCUUCUUCCUCUUCUUCUUCCUCUUCUUCUUUUUUCUUUUCUUUUCCUUUCUUUAUAAUCCUCUCUAAGUUUCUCCUGUUCGUUUGUGUUGGAGUGUUUGGACAGCUCUGUGUGUGUGCGUUUGUGUGUGUGUGUGUGUGUGUGUGUGUGUGUGUUCACUACCUAAACUCUCUGGUAUGUCCAUGUUAGUGUUAUUGCACUGUUAGAUAUGCUGUACUAAUGUUCGUCUUCGAAACAGGGUCUUCAAAAGUCGCUAAUCAAGUGUUUACAUGUACAAUUAUCUGAUGAGCAUAUAGUCAGCUAGUGCUAGGAUGAUAAACAUGAGUCUCUCUCUCUCUCACACACACACAUGCACAUAUUCACACAAAUACCCAAUUAUUGUGUAGGGCAGGAAGCACCAUAUGUGUUCAGAUAGCAUUGUUACACCUAGUGCACAAGGUCCCUGACAUCAGUCUCGUGCAAAGAGUGACUGGUCAUCUUUGGCUAGGCUGUACAUCUGCACGAACCUUUGUAAACAGAUGCCCAGUGCCCUAUCAGUGAACACAUUCUCCUGAAAGUGAUAACUGAACUCUCUCUCUCUCUCUCUCUCUCACACACACACACAGACACACACACACAAAGGCUUUAGCCUAUGUCCUGCUCUCUCUUUUUUGGUUGCCACGGUGAGCCCUAUGAAAGUAGCAAGACCUUGCUUACUAUUGAUGGGGUGGGCAAGAGGGUCAUAUUCUGCCGGCUUGAGAUGAAGAAAGAAGCAUUAUUCUAGUUUGGAAAUUAAUGAGCAAAAGAUUCAGGGUGAGGGUGCUGAAAGCAAAAUUUCUCUCUCUCCGUCUCUCUCCUUGUGCCCUUAUUUUAUGCUUGCUUUCUUUUCUUCUCUUGUGAACAUUUAUUAUUAGGAGUAGUGAGGGUUAUGAAAAUACAGAGAGACCUUUCACAGAACUGUGUGUUACGAAUCAAUGCAUGUUUGUUUAGAGAUCACCUUCUUCUUCUUCUUCUUCUUCUUCUUCUUCUUCUUCUUCUUUCAGUUCCAGAAAACAGGACAGGGAUUUCUUUGACACUGAGAUGUGAGAGUGGGAUGGGCUACUGUUGUACUUCUGGUUGGCACAGACUAUGUAUAGAAUGAAAGAUGGAUGGAUGGAUGUAUAAAUAACAGGAAGAAAGGAUGAGUGGAUGUUUGGUAUGUUGGGUAGAUGGAUGGGCAAUGGAUAGAUGCCUGGAGGAAUGGAUGGUAUGGCAGUGGAUAUUUUGAUGGAUGGUUGAAUCUUUGGAUGGAAGGACGAACCAAUGGUUGGACAGUCGGUUGUUGAAAAAUCGAGUUACUAAUUAAAAUAGAAAUACACAAAUCUGACUAAUAUGUUCUUAAUUAUGUCACAUUCGAUACAACCUGCAUCAAACAUUGAAUAUUUUAUUGAGUCUAAAAAGAUUUUUGCAACAUAAAACAUUCAUUUAAAUCACGCAUGAGCUGCAAACUAUUUAAAUCAAGUGAAUGUGCGUAUCUGGUGGUAACCUGAAAAGCAAUCAAUGGUGUGUUUUGAUUAGUAUUAACUGAUCAGCUUUGUAAAUGUAAAGGGGUAUUCUGGCAUAAAAUGUUGUUUAAUAUUAUUUCCUGUCAUUUAAUAUUUUAAUAUUCUAGAUAGAAAGAGAAGCAGAGUAUUAUAUCUCUGGGGUUUCUAUUGCUGUCCUGUUGUAUCUACUGCCACAGUGUUCUAGCUCUACCAAUACUCAUCAUUAAUGAAAUACAUCAUAUAAUCUAAAGGAUUUCAAGCAGAAUGUAGCACUAAAGCCAAGAUUCAUUUGAAGAUUUCAUUUGUAGUAAAUACAAAUGAAGUGGCAAAAACUAACGACUAUAAAAAGAGAUGAUUUUUCAUUUUUGCCAGAAUGUCCCUUUAGGUCUGUCUGUACAAUCCAUGGACAUGAAAGCGUGUGUUUCUCUGUUCUUAUCAUAUCUUGUUCCAGACCUUUCCUCCUUAUUCUUAUCCUUUCUCGUUAUUACCAAAGAAAAAAAAAUGUACACAAAGAAAAAAGAUGGCAGUGUUGAGUCUCUCCUCGAGGAGAUUCAUCUCGUGUCCAGGAAAUGUGUCUAAGAGAACGUGGAUGUGUGUUACACUGGGAUUUGCUGCUUUUAUUCUAAUUCUAUCACUUUGCUUGAAGUGUAACACACAUAAUUCUGUGCAGUUCUAUCCCUUAUACCAGUUUCUUUUUUAGCCUGCCAACAGCAGAGCAAAGCAUGUCACGUCUGUAUGUUCCUGCACGGCUCACACACACUGGCAAAUGCUGGAUUUGGUGUCUGGGUGUAGGGCUAUGUAUGGAGGUGUGUGUGCAUGAGAUUAAAACUACUGUCUGGAACACAGAUAUAAUGCCCUUGUACACAAAUACAGUAAGGAUAAGAGUAUGUUGAGAGAAAGAGACAUAGAGAGAGAGUGAAAGAGAGAGAGAGAGAGAGAGAGAGAGAGAGAGAGAGAGAGAGAGAGAGAGAGAGAGAGGUGAUAUGGACACUAGAAGCAUGGCAUGGACACACGUUCCCACAUUUAUGUAUAUAUAGAUUUAAAGGAAAUGCCCUUCAUUUCCAGCUUUGUGUCUCUGUAUAGUUAAAACCUGUUUAUUGUGAUGAGUAUGUCAGAGUUUGUAACUGUAACUUUCUGAGAAAUAUUGUACUAAAAACACACUCAAUAAAGAUCUUGGUAGUCCAGAACUCA